UCUGCGACGUCUUGCUGAGGGGAAGGUAAUGUGCGCAUCCCAAAGAGCUCCUGCUGCUUCUGUGGAAUUUGCAUAGAUUUGGUAAAGCGAGGAAAAGAGAGCGAGCGAGAGAGAGAGAGAGGAGAGGGGUGGUUGGGGGGAAGGGGGGCGAGGCUACAAAGCGGCGUGGAAGAGGACGGAAUGAACAAGCGAUCUUUUCCGCUCGCUCCGUGUGCAUCUUGCUCUGCGUCCCGCGGUCCUUCCUGCCUUCUCCCCGUCCCUCUCCUCUGCAUUUCCUCCUCCUCCUCCUCCCCUCACAUGUCCUCUCCUGUCAGUCAGUGAGACCUCCUCCUCGCCAUCCUUGCCCCAUGCAUGCCCGGGCACACGUGCACCCGCGUGGCACCCGCACGCACACGCACACGCACACGCGCAUCAGGGAGACCACAUAAGGCGAGACCGCCGCUCGGACCGUGGCGAUGGGCAACUCUGUGAAGUCGCUCAAAAUCUUCACCAAGAAGGACCAGAAGAAGAACUACAAAGCGGUGCAGUCCUGUGAGGAGGGGGGCUCAGGGGGGGGCUAUCUGGAGCCGCUAGUGGCCCUGGCCCAGAGCGGCGCCAACAUGCACAACGUGCUGGGGCCCGCCUGCAUCUUCCUGCGCAAGGGCUUCGCUGAGAGCCGGCAGGCUGACCGAGAGCUGAGGCCGGAAGAAAUGGACGAGCUCCGUGAGGCGUUCAAGGAGUUCGACAAAGACAAAGACGGCUUCAUCGGCUGCAAAGACUUGGGGAACUGCAUGAGGACCAUGGGCUACAUGCCCACAGAGAUGGAGCUGAUAGAACUCAGUCAGCAGAUCAACAUGAACCUGGGCGGACAUGUGGACUUUGAGGACUUUGUGGAGCUGAUGGGGCCCAAACUGCUGGCCGAGACGGCGGACAUGAUCGGCGUGAAGGAGCUGCGUGAUGCCUUCAAGGAGUUCGACACAAACGGCGACGGUCAGAUCAGCACCGCAGAACUCCGAGAGGCCAUGAAGAAGCUUUUAGGACAACAGGUGGGUCACAGAGACCUGGAGGACAUCCUGCGAGACAUCGACCUCAACGGAGAUGGACACGUGGAUUUUGAAGAGUUUGUCCGGAUGAUGUCUCGGUGAUCCCAGACCUUCCAGAACAGACCAAGUCUGCCCUGAAGUUGCACUGCUGGAACAACAACAUCAACAAUGUUGAUUUUCUUUCACUUUGGACUAUAAACUUUGUUUUUAUCAAGAAUAUUUGUUCUUUUUUUCAUUUUUUAAGAAAAACAAGCACACUUUUUUGGUGCUACCGUGGUUGUUGAGUGCAUGAUCAUACCCUUGUAGCCAUGGAGAUGAUGUCAAGGAGAGCCUAAGAACAAUGGAGGGUAUCUCAGGGUAUUUUCUAAAAGCACAAAGACCAUAGGUAAGAGUCAACACUGAUCCAAUAUGGCAAUAUGGACUUUUGAUGUGGUUUGGGCAAGUGUGUUUGUGUUUCGUGCUUCUUGUUGUUUCCUUGUCCAAUGGGACUGUUGUUUCAUUGAUUUGGUGGUGUAGUUAAAUGUGACGUAGCAAAGAUCAAAUAUGUCUUCUUCUCUGUGCAUUCAAUAGGUACACUCAUUCUGAGUAUUUUAUUACUAUAGCAAUAUUUAUUUAACCCUUAAGAGAUCCUAGGGACAUUUAGUUUUUGAGGUGACAUCACCUCGGUGAUGUUCUUUUCUAAAAAAAUUUUAAAAAGGUUAUAUGUUCCUCAAACGAGGCUAACAUGACAACGUUACACGAGAGCGACACGUUUGUCUUUGGUAUCAAAAAAUGUCUGUUUUUGAUCACUCACCCAUCUGAAAAUAAAUUAAUGUAGUCACAGAGGGUGAGAUUUCACCUGAAACUACUGGACUUCUAGUUUAUAUUUUUGUAUUCGUCCGCCAGAUGGUGCUAUGAUUGCCCAUUCAAAGCAUGCAGCAAAAUCUCUAAACUUUUA